AUGCCCAGCAUCUUGAUCAACACGCUAACCGAUCUCUAUCUCGACACCAGCUCUGCAAUCGUCACCGCCUUCCUACGCAACGGCGGCCUAUACAUGAUCAAGAACUACUUGCCCUUCGAACGAUUCAACGCUUGUCCCAUGUGCCAGCAUGUCAGACACGCCGUCACCGUUCCACGACCAGCCCUCUACCCACCCUCCUGCCGCGACCAUCUGGCCAAUGUCUGCUGGCUCUGUAUCUCGAUCCUUCACCGUAAUAACUUCAGGAUGAGGGGUGCUCAACAUCUCGGCUGUCCUGCUCGAGGCUGUGGCCAGGUCUGGCCGGAGCACGUUAAUGUGUUCUUCCUCGCGCCCCUGGAUCGAAAGCUCCAUCGAGCGACUGUGCAUCCGCCGCAUCAGGUCGAGUAUGUCCCGCAGCAGAGGGUGGAGGAGCGGAAGACGAUGAUCAAGCUGAAUGCAAAGGUGUGCUCGACGUGCAGGCAUGCUUUCGUCCACUUCAGGUCAGAGACAUGGUAUGAGUGUGGUCCUUGUGGUCGUGGUCACAGCAUCGCUGAGUUGGAAACACUGGCGGCGGUCCAUAAGCGGUGGCUGAUGGCAAGACGGGCUCGAUGGGUGGUGCUGGUUGGGAUAGAGGAUUAG